AUGUACGGCCUUGUGAGGGGCUUAUGGGCUGCGAGCCUGGUGCAUGUGACCCUGGCCCAGCAGCUCUUCGCCAACGAACCAACAUGUGCUGAGGGCUGUUAUGCGGAUGCGGUCCGCCUCAGUCCCUGCAAUUCGCAGGACCUCGCAUGUCAAUGUACAGUCCCCAAUUUCGCUGGGAUCGGUCUCGCCGGCGGACCAUGUUUCCUCGCUCAGUGUAGCCUCGCCGACCUGUCCAACCUCUCUUCCGCGUUGACCGCAAUGUGCGCGUCGGCAACAGCGUCGUCGACGUCGCGGGCACAAACGACCGUUGCAGCCACGACCACGGCGGCGGCGGUCGUGGCGUCGCCGUCGUCGGGGUCGUCGUCAGAGUCCGGCACAUCAUCGAAGCCCACGAGCACAGCACGCCGGGUCAACACGGCGACGGCGUCCGCGGAGGUGAUAGCUGCGCUACCCACGGACACCGCCACCGCCGCGCAGGUCGUACCGGAAAACGGCAUGGGGGGCAACAACCAGACGCAGGGCCAGACGCUGAACGCCGCCGCCAUCACUGGGAUCGUGGUGGGCGGAGGGGCGGUCGGGCUGGUCGGCGGGAUCCUGCUGUACUUCUUCACCGUGGUGCGGAGGCGCAAGAUGGACCAGUCGCAUUGGGACGAGCUUGAGCGGGAGAAAGCAGCAAUGCAACAGUCGCUCGAGGAGCUGAAAAUGGCCGUGCAGCGUGCUGGGACCUUUGACAGCUUGGAUGAGAAGGGCGAGAAGGGGGACAAGGAUAGGAAGCGACCCAGGACGAUCAAUUUGACUAGCAGUAAGGGCCCCGGGGAGCUGGGUGUGCCGUCGAGGAUAUUCGAGCUGCCAGCGUCCCCCGCCCGGAUUGAGAAGACUUUAUGA